CGGUUGCGCCCAGGUCGCGAGGCGCCCUUCGACCAGCAGCGCCCGGGGCGGGCGGGUAUAAAUGGAGCGGUGGCUGCUCCGGCCACCUCUCUCCGCCCCGGGUCGCGGCAGCCUGCGCCGCUGGUGGGCUCAGCCGGCCUGAAGCCAAAAAGAGAAAAAGCUUAAAAAAAUUACAAAAAGCCUCAAAACCUUAAAAAAAAAAAAGAAGAAAGAAAAGAAAAAAGGAAGCAGAAGAGAAGAGGAGGAGGAGAAGGAGCCUUGCCGGGAGCCCGCGGGGAAGUGACUUUCGCACGCUUCCGGCCUGCCCGUCCGUCGGCGUCUGUCUGUCCCGCGGUGAGCCGCCCCCGGCCCGCCCCGCACGCCUCCGCGCCGCGUGGCAGCCCUGCGCCCCGGCCGGCCGCACCACGUGUCCGCGCUGCCCUUCGCCCGCACCCGCCGAGACUCGGUUCCCCUGCCCGGGCCGCUGAAACCGUAAACCGCCGGGAGCCCGGGGCCUAUAUUUAUCGAGAAACGCGCGUCCCCGAGGCCGCCGCGAGCGCAGCCUCUGGCCGCCUCUUGAGGAAUUUUUUUUCUCUUGCCCCCCUUUGCGAGGGGGUUCCCUACUUGAGCCUUUAUUUUUAAACUCCGAGCUAGGACAGCCGGAAAGCACAAACUCCGGGAUAGGGCCAUAUUGUUCGGGGGAGCCUUUUGUCUCGGAGCUUCUUGCGGUCCCGUGCAAGUCGUCCCGCCCCGGGGCCUCCCUGCUCCGGCGUCUCCCGGUGUCGCGGGUGCCACCUGUGCGCCGCAGCGCAGGCCGGUGCUCCUAGGAGCCCCUUUUUGUCGUGCAGUGGGCCCUGUAAGAAGUCCUCCUGGCGGGGCUCGGGGUGGUGGGGGGUGGGGACAUGACCGCUGCUGCCAGCAGCUACCCCAUGGCCUCCUUAUACGUGGGCGACCUGCACUCGGACGUCACCGAAGCCAUGCUGUAUGAAAAGUUCAGUCCUGCGGGGCCUGUGCUGUCCAUCCGGGUCUGCCGCGAUAUGAUCACCCGUCGCUCCCUGGGUUAUGCCUACGUCAACUUCCAGCAGCCAGCUGACGCCGAGAGGGCCCUGGAUACCAUGAACUUUGACGUGAUCAAGGGGAAGCCAAUCCGAAUCAUGUGGUCUCAGAGGGACCCCUCCUUGCGGAAGUCUGGCGUGGGCAACGUCUUCAUCAAGAACCUGGACAGAUCUAUAGACAACAAGGCGCUCUAUGACACCUUCUCAGCCUUCGGAAACAUCCUGUCUUGUAAGGUGGUUUGUGAUGAGAAUGGCUCUAAGGGUUAUGCCUUUGUCCACUUCGAGACCCAAGAGGCUGCCGACAAGGCCAUCGAGAAGAUGAAUGGCAUGCUCCUCAAUGACCGCAAAGUGUUUGUGGGCAGAUUCAAGUCUCGAAAGGAGCGGGAAGCUGAGCUUGGAGCCAAGGCCAAGGAAUUCACCAAUGUUUAUAUCAAAAACUUUGGGGAAGAGGUAGAUGAUGAGAAUCUGAAAGAGCUCUUUAGCCAGUUUGGUAAGACCCUCAGUGUCAAGGUGAUGAGAGAUCCAAGUGGGAAAUCCAAAGGCUUUGGCUUUGUAAGUUACGAAAAACACGAGGAUGCCAAUAAGGCUGUGGAAGAAAUGAAUGGAAAAGAAAUGAGUGGGAAAGCCAUAUUUGUAGGCCGUGCACAGAAAAAAGUAGAGCGACAGGCUGAAUUGAAACGGAAAUUUGAGCAGUUGAAGCAGGAGAGAAUUAGUCGGUACCAGGGAGUGAAUCUCUAUAUUAAGAACUUGGAUGACACCAUUGAUGAUGAGAAAUUAAGGAAAGAGUUUUCUCCUUUUGGAUCAAUCACCAGUGCUAAGGUAAUGCUGGAAGAUGGAAGGAGCAAAGGGUUUGGCUUUGUCUGUUUCUCAUCUCCUGAAGAGGCAACCAAAGCGGUCACCGAGAUGAACGGACGCAUUGUAGGCUCCAAGCCGCUGUACGUCGCCCUGGCCCAGAGGAAAGAGGAGCGGAAGGCCCACCUGACAAAUCAGUAUAUGCAGCGUGUGGCUGGGAUGAGAGCGCUCCCUGCCAAUGCCAUCUUAAAUCAGUUCCAGCCUGCUGCCGGCGGCUACUUUGUGCCGGCGGUUCCACAGGCUCAAGGAAGACCUCCAUAUUACACGCCUAACCAGUUAGCACAGAUGAGGCCUAAUCCACGCUGGCAGCAAGGCGGGAGACCUCAGGGCUUCCAAGGAAUGCCAAGUGCUCUGCGGCAAUCUGGGCCUCGUCCAGCUCUUCGCCACCUGGCUCCAACUGGUAAUGCUCCGGCCUCUCGUGGCCUUCCUACUUCUGCUCAGAGAGUCGGGUCUGAGUGCCCGGACCGCUUGGCUAUGGACUUUGGUGGGGCUGGUGCCGCCCAGCAAGGGCUGACUGACAGCUGCCAGUCUGGAGGCGUGCCUGCAGCUGUGCCAAACCUUGCACCUCGUGCCGCAGUCGCUGCUGCUGCUCCGAGGGCCGUGGCGCCUUACAAAUACGCCUCCAGUGUCCGCAGCCCUCACCCUGCCAUCCAGCCACUGCAGGCACCGCAGCCUGCAGUCCAUGUCCAGGGGCAGGAGCCACUGACGGCCUCCAUGUUGGCUGCAGCACCCCCCCAGGAACAGAAGCAGAUGCUGGGGGAGCGCUUGUUCCCGCUCAUCCAGACAAUGCAUUCAAACCUGGCUGGAAAGAUCACGGGAAUGCUGCUAGAGAUCGACAACUCUGAGCUGCUCCACAUGCUGGAGUCCCCGGAGUCCCUCCGCUCCAAGGUGGAUGAAGCUGUGGCAGUCCUGCAGGCUCAUCAUGCCAAGAAAGAAGCUGCCCAGAAGGUGGGCACUGUUGCUGCUGCUACCUCUUAGACAAGGAAAAAGAGUCAAAAGCCAGAUAACCCCUCACGGCAUUCAGCUAAGGUCUGAAGACUUCCUAGUUUGUCUGUGGACCUCCACACCAAGAACCACGAGUUGCAAAUUCAAUAGGUCAUUUUGUAUCAAAAGGUCAAUUAUGAAGCACCUAGAAUUUUUCAAUUAUGAGAAUAUAUUCUCUGGGUUCUGCUCUGGCCCAGAUGGUGAUAACUUUUUUUUUUCUAUUGUGGGUUUCUGAUUCCCCCCCCCCUCCCAGAAAUUGGUUUUGAUGUACCCAAGACUUAAGUUUCUCAAUAAAGAAAAAAUCUCUACAAAACUUGU